CAAUACGAUACAAAAUGGCUGACACUGUUGACUCCGAAGCGGGAAGUGAUGGCAAUUUUAUAUCAAAAUUCGUGUCAGAAUUGAUUUCAAGUCCAUUAAACUUAGCGUUACUUGGACUAUGUGGUUUUCUUUUGUAUAAGAUUAUAAUGGGCCAGAAGAAGCAAGAACCUGUACCUCCUAGAGAACCUGAAUUGGCAAAGUUGAAAAAACAAGAUAUGACCCUUGAACAGUUAAGAGAAUAUGACGGAAAAGGACCAGAUGGUAGAAUAUUAUUGGCAGCAAAUGGGAAAGUGUUUGAUGUUACCCGAGGCAAACGUUUUUACGGACCAGGUGGUCCUUAUGGUUUAUUUGCUGGACGAGAUGCUUCAAGAGCACUUGCUACUUUUUCAAUGACUGAAGAUGUUUUUCGUUGUGAAUAUGAUGAUUUGUCUGAUCUCACAAGUAUGCAGAUGGAGAGUGUUCGUGAAUGGGAAAUGCAGUUUACAGAAAAGUAUGAUUAUGUAGGUCGAUUACUGAAGCCAGGUGAGCAGCCAAGAGAUUAUUCGGAUACGGAAGAUGAGCAGGGGGAUGAUUCUAAAGAUAAGACAGAUUCAGAAAAAAAGAAAGACUAGCAUCAUUGGUUUAUAUUAUCAAUUAUGGACUAACAUGAGUGUUAGAUUGGCGAAAAAUGUGAUACAUUAUUUGUGUAAAUCACUGACACAUAGAAAUGGUACCCUGUAUUAUAGAUGGAUGUUUAAUUUGAUUGUAUUUAAAGUUGACACACAUAUUCCAUUAUUACAAAUAUGUAUAUACAGUGGGGAAGCUUUUUUUUAAAGUUAAUUUUACAGGUCUUUUGUAUCUAUAUAUUUUGUUAGUUUUCCAUUGGUUUGGUAAGUAUCAUUUUCUAGGUGAUUUGAAAGUAAGGUUUAGAUAGAAUUCAUUCCAAAUAUGUCAUUAAUUAGAUUUAAUUAUAGUAAGAUACCUUAUUCUAGUCAUGUUUAAAAUGUUUUCUUAUCUCUCAGUUAUAGCUAUUACAUUUGUAUGUUGAAGGUUCCAUAUAAUGGAAACUAGUGAGAGAGACCUUGCUUGAUUAUAUUACAGCAUAAAGUGUAACUUCAUAAUACUUGUUAAAGCUGCAUGCCUCCAAAUGAGCAAAAAGAUUUCAGUAAAAUCAAACUUGAGAAAACUGUACUAAGAUUUUGAGAAAAGUAAAAAGAUUCAAGGUGAAAGUGAUAAUUUACUUUUUAUGUGCGAUUAUUGACUGACAUUGAAGUAUUAAUCACCAUAUUUCUACCGCAGGACUAAUGCAGUAAGGGCUAUUUUUGCAUAUUUUGACCUCUUUUUUUUGUGUAAUUUAUGGAUUGUAAAUGUAAGGGUAAGAUUUUUAUGAAAAUUAGCAUGGAGGUGAAGGCAUGCUGCUUUAAAUACAACAUAAUUGAAAUGGGGCAUUCUUAUUUGUGUUUAUUUAGAAUGCUUUAAUGAAUAAACAUGUCUUGUUUUUUUUUAAAGUAUUUUAACUCUGAAAGAUAUCUUAGAUAUCACAGAAUAAAUGCUUAAGUGUUGUAUAUGUUUGAAGUGCCAUAUGGUGUUUGAACUAUAAUAUUUUAGACUGGAAGGGUGUUGUUUUUAUAAUUGGUACAACAACAACAACAAUAUCUUGGUAAAUCUUGUUAUGGAACUUAGCAAGUAUAUUUCGUCACCUUUGUGCAAUAAUGGGUUAACUCCUAUUAAAAUAAUUAAAUUAUAUAAGGAGUUUAUCUAUUACUGCACUAAGGUGACGAUUUAUAUAUAUGAGCCGAGUCAUGACAAAACCAUUAUAAUGGGUUUGCGACCAGCAUGGAUCCAGACCAGCCUGCGCAUCCGCACAGUCUGAUCAGGAUCCAUGCUGUUCGCUAUCAGUUUCUCUAGUUGUAAUAGGGUUUGUAAGCUGUUUGUAAACCCUAUUACAACUAGAGAAACUGAUAGCGAACAGCAUGGAUCCUGAUCAGACUGCGCGGAUGCGCAGGCUGGUCUGGAUCCAUGCUGGUCGCAAACGCAUUAUGUUGGUUUUGUCGUGACGCGGCUCAUAUGUAUGCUUUUUCUGUCAAAUUUCACUAAGCUAUUUCUCAUUCCUUAUCUAGAGAAAAAUCAGCCUACACAAUGAAGUAUAUAAUAUGGUAAAAUCUUCUUACUUUAAUGUGUAUAAAACUAUAUAUCUGCUGCCUGUAGUUAACAGAGUUAUUGUUUGAAUUUUGAAAAAGAAUAAUUCCAGAAUACCUGUAUGAAAGAGGUAUGUUUGUAUAUUUUCUUAUGAUCGAAUGAUACCUGCACAAAAUCAUGUUUCAUAAGUUAAAUCCUUACUCAAAAGAUCAGCAUAAUAUUUUGUCAUGGAACAUUUUAUUCUGUUUAUACACAAUAUUCAUGCAGGGCUUCCACUAAGUUCCAAAAUUUGGAAGUCACACUAUAUAGAUAAAGAAGAAUAAGAAUGACAUUUUAGAAGUCACAAGCCAAAUUUAAGGAGUAAAAUGACUCCCAGAGUUCCAUUAACGGAAGCCCUGUGUUUGUUAAAUAAGAGACAUUCUAAGUUACAAUUCUUCGAAAAAUGUCUUGUUUGUAAUUUAACAAUAAAUAUAGAUUUUUUGUAGGUACAAAAUUCUUUUACCUUUGUUUAAUUUAUUAAAGUUGUCUCACUGUCUUGUAUAAGAGAGUGGUGUAUUAAAUUAAAAUUUUGUUCUUUUUAUUCUUUAAACUUCUCAUUGAGACGUGACACCACUAUUCUACUGUUGUUGUUGUUGUUGUAUUUCCAUUUCUGUGUGUCACUGAUAUAUAUAUAUAUACUAUUGAGAUAAAGGACUUGUAUUAAAAUGUCAAUGGCUUGCUUUAUUAUAUUUGAUUAUAAUCUUUCACCAAGUUGUUUUGGCAUUUAUUUUUGUCGUACAUUGUACUAUUUAAUAACUUCAAACCAAUAAACACUGAACAUUGUUCCGUUAUCCUGUAAACAUCUAUUUUCAGGGGCUCCAGGUGUUUUAACAUUUUUACAAUUUAUUCAAUUAUUAUAUCAUCAUUUGAGCCGCGUCACGACAAAACCAACAUAGUGGGUUUGCGACCAGCAUGGAUCCAGAUCAGCCUUCGCAUCUGCGCAGUCUGAUCAGGAUCCUUGCUGUUCGCUAACCAUCCCUAUUACAAGUAGAGAAACUGAUAGCGAACAGCAUGGAUCCUGAUCAGACUGCGCGGAUCGCAGGCUGAUCUGGAUCCAUGCUGGUCGCAAACCCACUUUGUUGGUUUUGUCGUGACGCGGCUCAUUUGUUUCUUUGUUGAACAUGUUUUAUAAAAAUUCAAAUUUUUUAAACCAACAUCUUUUAUAUAUAUAAGGUAUAAAGUUAUUUAAAGGAGUUCCACUGAGGUCAACAAGCAUACAGACAUAAAAUUUAAAAUUCUUGCAUUGAUCAAGUGAUUCACUUAAAAUGCAAAAAUCUGUGAAAGAUAAUCAAGAAAUAUUCCAGAAAUUAAGUUGAAAAUCAAAUAGUUUGUGCAAUUCUUGUUCUGAUUUAAGUGCAAUGCUUUUUAUUUUUUUAUCAUAUUGCACAAUACAAAUGAUCAUUCUGGAAAAAAAUGUAUGUGGGAAUGAUCUGAAAAUUUGCACAGAAAUUAUUGGUGCAAACCUCCAUCAAAUGGUUCACAAAUCAUGGAAAAAUAUCUCAUCACUAGUGCUGUCAUGUGAAAAAAAAAAAACUUUAGUGGAGUCCCUUUAAGACUAACUGAAUUGGCAGAUUUUAUUUUGUAUCAUACCAGACAUACAGUUUUGAAAAAUGAUGUUUGUUAAUUAUGUGAAAGUAAGUGACUUGUCUGCCAAAUUAUCUUUUAUUCCUAUCUAACUCUUAAACCUGCUGGAACCAAAAGUGAGUAGUCAUUGUAACCAGUAUAGAGCCCGGCCAGCUGGCUCAUCCGUGUAGUCUGACCAGACUUUAUACUGUUGGUAACUCAAUUUUUGUACCUACAUAUUCAAAUUCCAUAAAAUUUGAACGGACUGUUCCAAAUUCAAAGCUGGGCAAAUCCGUUACACAAAUUCAGCAGGUCGAGGGUUUAGGAAGCCACAGAAAUAUUCUUGAAAAGAUCAAAAGGGUAUAAAAUUCUGUGAGUGUAGAGGUUUACAAACUUAUAUUGUAUAUUUCACUGUUCAAAGCUUUACGUCUUUUAGUUGAGGACAAUAUUACAGAUUAAAGUUGUGUUUAAAUAGCUUUAAAGAUAUUUUUAACCAAACUUAAAUGAUAUAACAAUUUCUGUAUCUUAUAUAUGGUCGGAAAAUACGGUACUAUUAAUAAUUGUCAUAGGUGCUUAAAAAUCAAGGUUCAUGUUACAAUAUUUUUGUUGUAAAACGUUUUUCCCUUCCAUGUAAGUUAUGUAGAUAUAUAUGUAAACUAUGUAUUGUGGUAUGUAUAUAAUAGAAUAAUAUUAUCUAGUUCAAUGUUAUUUUUACAAUAAAGGAGAGGUAACUUGUAUGUUAUUUACCAAUGCAGUAAAGUUCAAUAGAAAUUGCUGAUAUAUUUUGAUUUGUAAUAAAUAUUGUCAAAAUAUUCUUUUUGACCAUUUAAGAAAAGUCAAAGUUAUCUUUUCUAGAUUUGUCUUUGUAAAAAAUGCAGUCUUGAUAAGUUAUUAUAAUUUUGCUGAUGACUGUUUAAAUGUUUGAAGAGAUUUUACAAGCUGCUGUACUUAUUGUAGAAUAUAAUGUCUUAUUCUUGUUUUAACAAUAUGAUGAUUAGAACAGAUCGUAUUGCAACUAAGGGUUCAAAAUACAUAAAACAGAUUGGGACUUCUAGCUAUGUAUUUAAAUGUCAUGUUUGCUCUGAUAUGCUUAAAAAACUCUAUGAAAUUUGACCAGAAUUGUUGUCUAAUUAAAAAAUCAUUUACAAGAUUCUGUUUGUUAAUUUAGAACGGAAUACUAUAUCAUUUGCUCAAAUAACCUGUUAGUAUCUGAAAAUCUCUUACUUGGCAUAAUGCAGGCAUAAUAUUUCAAUUUUUUGUUUUGUACCAAAGUGGGUCUUGUAUAAGGUUAAACCUGCAUUGUAUGAGAACGGCUUUUAAUAUAUUAAAGGGACUCCACUGAGAUUUUUUGACAUGAGGGGAUUACAAAUAUUUUCCCCGAGAUUUGUGCACCAUUUGAUAAAGGUCUGUGUGCAAAUUUUCAGAUCAUUCUCUCUCCCUGUUUCCAGAAUAAGCAUUUUUAUUAUGGAUAUUGACCAAUAAACAAAGUGUUGAAUGCUUUUCACUCGUAUCAAGAUAAGAAUCGCACAAAAAGUUGAUAUCAAUAAAUUUUGAGUAAGUUUUUAUUUUACCCUUUCCAGAUUUUAAGUGCUUCACUUUGCUUUAUGCAAAAAUUAAAAUUUCAUGUUUUAAAGUUAUUUGACCUCAGUGGAGCUCCUUUAAUCAUAUGCACUUAUCAAUGUUACUAUGGACAAGCUAAGAAUUUUUUGUGACCAUACAGUUGAUGUUCUCAUGUAUGAUGGAAUAUUGAAAUAACAGAUGUAAAAUUUUUUUUUACAACAUAUUAAGUAAACCUUUAGUUGAAUCCUCCUAUUAUAAUUGGGCAAUCAUUAAUUUAUUAAAUUUAACAGUUUGAGAUUACUGGUGAAAGAAGAAUUUCAUAAAAUUUUAUUUUUAUUCCAAUAAUUUCACCUGUAGAUGUUUUUGAACUAAUGAAUAGCUCCUUUUAAUAUUGUUUUUAUUGUAAAGACAUAUUAGAAUAGAAUUAAUGUUGUCUCUCUAGUUUCAAAUAUUGGCAAUGAAAUUUUGGCCAUUUUACUUAAGUUUCUUCUGAUAUUGGCAAUGAAAUCUGGUCUUUUUGAGGUUUGAAAAGAUGCUUCAGUUUUGGCCAUCUUGCUUUAGUUAUGAAUAUUUUGACCUUUGCAAUGAAAUUUGGGCCAUUUACUUUAGCUAUUUCUAAUAUUGGCAAUGAAAUUUGGGCUACUUUGAGUUUCAUAAAGUUUAAUUUCCAAUAUUGCAUUGAUAUUUUUGCCAUUUAUUAACUUUUAUGAUGUGUUUAUAUUUCUUAUAUUGCUCUCUGUAUUUUAUCUUGUACUCAUUCCAGAAUAGUGUAAAUGUGUUCAGUUGAAAUUUCAAACAUCUCAAUGUUUAUAAUGUUUGUUAAGCUGGUAUGAGGUUAAUUGAGGUUAAGGAAUCUUUAAAUCAUAAUGUUCUAUUUCACAACUAGACUUCCAGCCUUAAAAAAAUUACAUUUUUGAGCUUUUCUCAAAAUUUCUUACUUGUAACAUUGGACCAAGCAAUAAUCUUCAUUGUUAAUUAUGUCGGCAAGUAAGCAAAGUUGUGAGGUUUUAUAUAUUCUUUAACUUGUCUAGUUUGUUUCUUUCUUUUUUACGUAAUUAUACAUUCUAACUGAUGAUGAUUUAACAGUGUCAAUGUUCAGUGACGUCAAUUCAUCAGCACCCGGGAUAUUAUUACAUAGAUUACAGUAGACUCCCUUGUUUUACAUUAUUUUAUUAUAAAGGGCAUUUUGUGUUAGAAUUUUAGAAAUUUGAAAGAGAGUUAUCGCUUCAACUUACAGUUGUGUUUCAUGGAAUUUAUUCACAUUUAGUAGGGUAUGGAUUCAAUACAACUGUGUAUUAUUCAGUUUAUCUACCAUUAGCUUGCACAUAUUUCUUCUUUAUAAAACAUUUGCUGGAUAUCGAAAAAACUUGGACUCCAGAAUUACAAUUAAGUAUUAUAUUGACCUAGCAUGAAUUAGUAAGUAUGUAAAGAAAGGCUUUAGUUAUCGAGGCUACAUAUUUGGUUUCCCAGUCUUCCAUGUGGGCCUCUAGAUAUUUAAGAUAUUUGAAUUAGGUGCUUUGUGUGCUGGAUUUUCUUGCCAUGAUAGCAAAUAAAGACAUGAAAGCCUUGUCUCUUUGGCACACUGUUACGGUCAGUUUUGCAAUGCUUAAAUGAAAAACAGAAUGUUAUAAUGACUUAUGUUGAACUUUAUGUAUUUUAAUGUUGUUAUAAAACCCUUCAACUCUCUAUAGGGACUGGACUGGUGGUCAUAAUUAGGUGCGUCAAAUAAUGCACAGAUAGGUCUUCAUCCACAAGUAAAACCUGGAAAGUCAACAUAUGACAUUAACAGUGUUGGUACCAUUUAAAACACAACCAAAAAGUUGUAAUAAUUUGUUACGACAUUGAUAUAAAAAGAUAAUAUUUGAUAGUUUUACUUGCUAAUAGUAAUGUAUGAUUUUUACUUAAUUGAUGCAGAUUUAUGUAUUUGACAUUGACAUAACACACAAAAAUAGAAUAACAUCUAUACUGAUUAACAUAUCUGUUUUAAAAUAUGUAACAUAUAUUAACAUAUGUAUAAAAUGUAAGUAAGAAAGGUCUAUUUGUGUAAAAAUGAUGCCGUCAUUGGUUUAAAUUGUUCUACUAUUUUAAUAUUUUUAGCCAGAAUUGUUUUAUCAUUUAAGUAUUUAUGUAUACUAUAUAGAUAAAAAAGAUACAUUGCAUGUUAUUUGUUAGGAAAAGAAAACUUACAUUAUAAAUUCUACAUGUAUAUUUUUGUCUUGGAUAAUAAAAGUUACUGGAUGGCUCAUGAA